AAACCUCAAGCCCUAAUUAAACUCUCAAGAAACCUACUUUUCUUGUCAAACAAUCAAACCCUUUUUAGAUAUAAAAAAUGGGAAUCAAAUUCAGCCAUGUUCCUUCGAAUACAACCAUUCACUACAUAAGUCAUCAUGAUAAUCAUCAAGAUGGUGAAGAUCAAAGGAGCAAGACGACGACGAAGGUUGAUCAAGACAAGUCUCAAAAUCGAUCAAGCAGCUUUCAGAUUCCACUUCAUUAUCCAAAGUAUACAAAGAGUGAUUAUGAGAAAAUGCCAGAGUGGCAAUUGGAUCAGCUUCUGACAGAGUAUGGCUUGCCGGUUAUCGGAGAUUCUUACCAGAAGAGGAAAUUUGCCAUCGGGGCUUUUCUCUGGUCGUCGGAGAAUGAGCUCUAGAUAGUUUCAUCGUACGUCGUCGUUUCAUAUGGUGCUAUUUAAAUAAAAAUAAGUUGGUGAAAUUGAGUAAAAAGAACAUGUUUGCAUGUAUAUAUAUUAUCUUGUACUGUUGGACAUGUAUGUUUUAUAAUAUAUAUUAGUAUAUUAUAUGUAUCGAUUGUGUGUUUCUCUAUAGUCUACUCUCCAUGUGUGUUACCUCAUGGGCACGACAUUUGUAAUAACUAUACUAAACUUUA